AGUUCUUAUCCCUUUUUUCUCUUCAAACUCACUUUCCUUGUUUCUGCAUCCAAGAUUCAUUCAACCAUGCGAACCCAAAUUGUUCACAAACUAUGGAAUCGAAGAAUCAAUGGAACCCCUUUGAAUAGUAAGAGAUUUUAUGGGUUAAUACCAAUGGUGAUUGAACAUACUUCAAGAGGAGAAAGGGCUUAUGAUAUAUUUUCAAGGUUGUUAAAGGAGAGAAUUAUAUGUAUUAAUGGAGCAAUUGAUGAUGCUACUUCUCAUGUUGUUGUUGCUCAGCUUCUUUUUCUUGAAUCUGAGAACCCCUCUAAGCCUAUUCACAUGUAUCUCAAUUCUCCUGGUGGCGCCGUUACUGCUGGUCUUGCGAUCUAUGAUACAAUGCAGUAUAUUCGAUCUCCAAUUAAUACCAUCUGUCUAGGUCAAGCAGCUUCAAUGGGAUCCCUUCUCUUAGCUGCUGGCGCAAAGGGUGAGAGACGAUCUCUCCCUAAUGCUUCAAUCAUGAUUCAUCAGCCUUCAGGUGGAUAUAGCGGGCAGGCUAAGGAUUUAACUAUCCACACAAAACAGAUUGUUCGGGUUUGGGAUACUCUGAAUGACUUGUAUGCAAAACAUACUGGACAACCACUUGACAUAAUUCAGAAGAAUAUGGAUAGGGAUUAUUUCAUGACACCAGAAGAGGCUAAGGAGUUUGGAAUAAUCGACGAGGUUAUAGAUGAAAGACCAAUGGCUUUAGUAACUGAUGCUAUUGCAAAUGAAACCAAAGAAAAAGGCUCGAGUUAGAGCGUUGCUCCAUCGCUGUCUUUGUUAAACGUUACCUUUGCUGACUAGUUCUCCAUUUUUCGAUCUACUUGUAUUUUUUUUCGAUGAGGUGAUUUUCUCAUUACUUUGUUUUAGUAAGUUUACAAGCUGGAAUGAUUUAAGGUAUUAGAUAGAAAGCAUAUCAACUCUAAAUGCUUAAAGGUGAUGCUCUGAGCUCAGUUGAUCCCUUCAGUAACUUUUUUGAGACUAUUUUUGGCAA